CUCACUUGGGGGCGAAGUCACCAACAAAGCAAGCGUCUCCCUCCGCGGCUCCGUCCCCCCUCCCUCUCUUCUCUCUCUCCUCUCUCUGCGCGUGCGUCCCUUCCCCGGCACGAGCGCCGCACGCCGUCACCGCCACGCCCACGCGCCGCUUCCCUUCCGGAAAAUCUAAACCCCAGCGGGGGGCGGCUGACGGCCAGCCCACACCGAGCCCAACCCCACCCCCCUUCGCCGGCGAUGCUGCCGCGUCGCCGCAGCAGUAGCAGCCGCCCGGGCUCCUCCCUCCGGCUCCUCGUCCUCGGUGCCCUGCUCCUGGCCGCGGCCGCCGCGUUCGCCCCCGCCGCCGCCGCCGCCGCCGAGGCCGCCGCGGGGCGCGAGGCCGGCGCGGGGAAGCAGGAGGCCGAGGCCCAGGCCGAGGCGGAGGCGCGCGGGGAGAGGGUGGCCGUCGCGGAGGCCGGCGGCGAGGUGGCGGCGCAGGGCAAUGCGACGGACAACAAGGAGGGCAGCUUCGCCGACAUGAUCGACCGCGCGCUGGAGAAGGAGUUCCCCGAGUCCGAGGGCGAGCAGGGCGGCGGAGAGACCGACCCCGGGAGCUUCAACAACACGGUCGCUGAGAAGCAGGGAGUCCUUGAAACUGUGGCUAGAAGAGUAACAAAGAAGAAUGAGACCAAAGAUAACAAGUCAUUUCCCUUUAAGGAGGUUUUCUUGGAUCGAUCUGACCAAGAGGAUGUCCCGACAUUGAUUGAUCGAAAGGAUAAUGUUUUUAUCAUAUCAAAUCCAAAAUCAAAAUACCCUGUGCUGCAGUUGGACCUUAGGUUGAUAUCAGACCUUGUUGUUGUUAUCGUGUCUGCCACUUGUGGUGGAAUCGCCUUUGCUUGCCUUGGACAACCUGUGAUUACAGGUUAUCUACUUGCAGGAUCUAUAAUUGGGCCUGGAGGCUUUAGCUUUGUCAAUGAAAUGGUGCAAGUUGAAACAGUAGCCCAGUUUGGUGUGAUAUUUCUCUUAUUUGCUUUGGGACUUGAGUUUUCUACUGCAAAGCUUCGAGUUGUUCGUGCUGUUGCUGUCCUUGGAGGAUUGCUCCAAAUUAUGCUGUUCAUGUUUCUUUGUGGUAUCUUGGCUACACUUUGUGGAGGCAAAACAAAAGAAGGUGUUUUCGUUGGUGUUCUUCUUUCUAUGUCUUCAACUGCUGUGGUUUUAAAAUUUCUGAUGGAAAGAAAUAGUAUCAAUGCUCUUCAUGGCCAAGUCACAGUCGGGAUACUUAUAUUGCAGGAUUGUGCUGUUGGUCUUCUGUUUGCGCUUCUUCCAAUUUUGAGUGGUACAUCUGGGCUUCUUCAUGGAGUUGCAUCAAUGACAAAGUCGCUGGUGAUAUUGAUAACGUUCCUGGCCACUCUCUCUAUCCUCUCCCGUACUGGCGUUCCUUGGUUUCUUAAACUGAUGAUAAGUCUUUCAUCUCAGACAAAUGAACUAUACCAGCUGGCAGCAGUUGCAUUCUGCUUGUUAUUUGCUUGGUGUAGUGAUAAAUUGGGCCUGAGUCUUGAGUUGGGUUCAUUCGCAGCUGGAGUGAUGAUAUCAACGACAGACCUUGCACAACAUACUCUGGAACAAAUUGAACCUAUCCGCAACUUUUUCGCUGCUCUUUUCCUUGCCAGCAUUGGGAUGCUAAUUAAUGUCCAUUUCCUGUGGAACCAUGUGGAUAUACUCCUUGCAGCUGUAAUUUUGGUGAUCACAGUAAAGACAUUUAUUGUUGCUAUUGUCGUAAAAGGGUUUGGCUAUAGCAACAAAACAUCUCUUCUUGUUGGCAUGUCUCUUGCACAAAUAGGAGAGUUCGCUUUUGUUCUCCUUAGCCGUGCUUCAAGCAUCCAUCUGAUUGAGGGCAAGCUAUACCUGCUUCUUCUUGGAACCACAGCACUUAGCUUGGUGACGACACCUCUGCUGUUCAAAAUGAUCCCAGCAGUGGUCCACCUCGGGGUUCUUUUGAGAUGGUUUUCUGUUGAUAUCAAUCAGGUGGAGUUGGGCCUGAAAAAUGAUGUCCUCCGCAUCGAUAGUGGCAAGCGCAUCAAUUUGAUAGUCCAAGGAUCACAUGAUUCAUGACAUUUGGCACACUGCAAGCUGUUUUUUUUUGUAUGGCUUAAGUUUACAAGCUCUGUAAAGUAUUUUCGCCGUUCUGAAGAGUUUGUAGCAGAUAUACAAGGGUGGUGGCAAGAGACUCGACUCUGAUCUUUGCGCCCAGCUCAAGGUCUAUCCUCCCCCCAUCAUGGCGGCUGCAAGGGCAAUUGGGUUUGCCGUUUUUGAGAGCGCAGUGCCUGUGAGUUGAAGUGAGUGGUUGUCGACCCCAAUUGAGGGUUUCGUGUAACAUAAGAAUGUAUGGUGAUUAAUUGAUUGGAUUAGCAUGAUAGAAUGUAGGCCUGAUCUUUAUGCCCAUUGUAUUCAUUCAGCAAAACUGUGUAUCAUCACAACACGAAAAGUGUGUAACGUCAAAUAGCCAUCAGAUCACGAUUUUUGUUAUGUGGACACAGCAUUCAGUUCCGUAA